AAAAAAUGUUUUGACAAAUUUGACACAUCCUUCGGAGAACGGAUGAUGUCAGAUUUUAAUGUUUAUUAUAACGGCAUGCAUUAAAGAGCGGUUGUCGCAAAUUGCAAAAGUGGUAGUCGAGCGAGAGUCGUGAGCCUUGAGUUGUUAGGUAAAUGAUUCGAUUUCGGUGCCGUGCCGAGUAUGUGACCGUGCGGAAGGUCCGGAAAAUGUGAGGUCUAAUGACAUUUCUGGAAGCGAGAUGGAUUAUGAACUGGAGGUCUUCGAGGUAUACGACGACAGCGAGCAGACCUCGUCGAAAAAGCACUCGAAACACACCCGGAAAAAAUGCAAACAGAAACAAAAACAAAAGUCCACCGUUCUGAGCAUUGAGACUAAGGAGAAUGAUAUCAGUAGGUCAAAGACAAGUAUUGUGGGUAGCGACAGAAGGCACCUGAGCCUCUGCGAGUCUAUUCUUAGCGUAUUUAGCAAAUUGGUUGUAUGGAGGGACCAGCGGAGGUAUCAGACUACUGUUCCUGAUAAGCUCGACUCACCUCACUCAUCCAAAGACUUCCGAAGGGGCUACAUACCUUGUGAUAAUCAGAGGAGAAUCCGUGCAAAUGACAGGGCGUUCAACUCGCAGUUUCGAUAUGCGAGUAACUACAUCAAGACGUCCAAGUAUUCCAUCUUGACGUUCCUGCCUUUGAACUUGUUCGAGCAGUUCCAGCGUCUCGCCAACUUCUACUUCCUGUGCCUUCUCGUUCUCCAACUGAUACCGGCCAUCAGCAGUUUAACGCCCGUCACUACUGCCCUACCUCUGAUCGGAGUACUCGGACUGACAGCUGUCAAAGAUGCCUACGAUGAUAUUCAACGCCACAUUUCCGACUCGCAAGUGAACAACCGCAAAUCGCGAGUGGUGAGGAAAGGCCGUUUGGUGAACGAAAAAUGGAGCGCUGUUCAAGUGGGGGACAUCAUCCGCAUGGACAACAACUCCUUCAUUGCUGCCGACAUCUUGUUGCUGACGUCCAGCGAGCCGAAUGGAUUGUGCUACAUCGAAACUUCCGAGUUGGACGGCGAGACGAACUUGAAGUGCCGUCAAUGCCUGCCGGAAACGGCGGAGAUGGGCCAAGACGACGCGUUGCUGUCGGAAUUCGACGGCGAGAUCGCCUGCGAGAUGCCCAACAAUCUGCUGAACAAGUUCGAAGGCGUGCUAAUAUGGAAAGGGAAACGGUACUCGUUGGACAACGACAAGAUCAUGCUGAGAGGAUGCGUGCUGAGGAACACGCAAUGGUGCUACGGAGUGGUCAUAUUCGCCGGCAAGGACACCAAGCUAAUGCAGAACAGCGGCAAGAGCAAGUUCAAGCGGACGAGCAUCGAUCGGUUAUUGAAUUUUUUAAUUAUAGGGAUAGUAUUUUUCCUGUUAUCUAUGUGCCUUUUCUGCAUGGUGGCGUGCGGCAUCUGGGAGACGCUGGUCGGACAGUACUUCCAGAGGUACCUACCGUGGGACACGCUGGUGCCGCAAGAGCCGCUAGGCGGCGCCACCAUAAUCGCCCUGCUGGUCUUCUUCUCGUACGCCAUCGUGCUGAACACUGUCGUGCCGAUAUCGUUGUACGUGAGCGUAGAGGUGAUCCGGUUCGUGCAAAGUUUCCUCAUCAAUUGGGACGAAGCGAUGUGCGAUGCGGUAUCAGGCGCGCACGCUAAAGCUAGGACUACGACGUUGAACGAGGAGCUAGGUCAAAUAGAAUACAUAUUCUCGGAUAAAACUGGAACAUUGACGCAGAACAUAAUGACCUUCAACAAAUGUUCCAUAACAGGGAGAUCGUACGGUGACGUAGUAGACAGGAGGACGGGUGACAUCAUAGAGGUUACCGAUGACAUGGAGCCAUUGGAUUUCUCCUUCAAUCCUGACUACGAGAUUGAUUUCAAAUUCUUCGAUUGUAGACUAUUAGAAGCUGUUAGGAGGAGAGAUCAGGAUGUUUUUAGUUUUUUUAGGUUACUCGCGUUGUGUCAUACUGUGAUGUCGGAAACGAAGGAAGACGGUACGCUAGAGUACCAGGCGCAAAGUCCGGAUGAGGCGGCGUUGGUGAGUGCUGCUAGGAACUUUGGUUUUGUAUUCAAAGAACGAGCGCCGAAUAGUAUCACGAUAGAGGUUAUGGGUGUUAAAGAGAUUUAUGAGUUGUUGUGCAUCCUCGACUUUAACAAUGUGAGAAAGAGGAUGUCAGUGAUAUUAAGAAAAGACGGAAAGUUAAGGUUAUAUUGUAAAGGAGCUGAUAAUGUGAUAUACGAGAGGUUGAAAAAAGGACAGGAUGAAAUCAAAACAAAGACUCAGGAACAUCUUAAUAAAUUCGCCGGUGAGGGUCUCCGAACGCUUUGCCUUGCCUGCCGCGAUUUAGACGAAGAGUUCUUCAACGACUGGAAGGCGCGGCACCAGGAGGCGGCCGUAUCCAUGGAAGACAGGGAUGAAAAGCUGGACGCCAUUUACGAGGAGAUAGAAAGAGACAUGAUGUUGAUAGGCGUAACUGCUAUCGAAGAUAAACUACAGGAUGGAGUACCGCAAACCAUUGCCAACCUCGCGUUGGCCGGUAUUAAAAUAUGGGUGUUAACGGGCGACAAACAGGAAACGGCCAUAAACAUCGGCUACUCGUGCCAACUGCUGACCGACGAAAUGGUGGACGUGUUCAUCGUGGACGCGUCGACGUACGAGGAGACGCACCAGCAGCUGCUGAAGUUCCGCGACAAUAUCCGCAUCGUGCAGCGAUUCCAGCCGCGCAGUCCAGCCGCUAUAUCGACUGCACAGCAGCAACAACAGAACGGAAGGUCGACGCCGCCCCCAGCAGCCAAGAGGGAUGAUCCUGGUGGAGGCAGAGGAGAGGUGCUGGGGCCGCCUGCUGUUAGCGUCGUCACGUUCAGUACUGAGCUGGAACAGCAUCGAGACGAAGAAGUGCCCCCUCCAUUAUCGGAUGAUCCGAACGCGGAUGAUCAAAUAUUCGCCAUAGUUGUGAAUGGACAUUCUUUGGUGCACUGUCUGCAUCCAAAUUUGGAAAGGCUGUUCUGCGAGGUCACCAGCAGGUGCCGAUCUGUGAUAUGCUGCAGAGUGACACCACUGCAAAAGGCUUUGGUGGUUGAGUUGGUGAAGAAGACAAAAAGGGCUGUGACGCUUGCCAUCGGCGAUGGAGCAAAUGACGUAUCCAUGAUCAAAGCUGCCCAUAUUGGAGUGGGAAUAUCUGGUCAAGAAGGUAUGCAAGCAGUAUUAGCGUCCGACUAUUCUAUAGCACAAUUCCGAUUUUUGGAACGGUUGCUGUUGGUUCACGGACGUUGGUCCUACUACAGGAUGUGUAGCUUUCUCAGGUAUUUCUUCAACAAGAACUUCGCAUUUACGCUCUGCCACUUCUGGUACGCCUUUUUCUGUGGAUUCAGCGCCCAGACUGUGUUUGAUCCUAUGUAUAUAUCAAUUUAUAACCUGUUCUACACUUCGUUACCCGUACUUGGCGUUGGCAUCUUCGAUCAAGACGUCAACGAUAAAAACAGUAUUCUCUAUCCCCAGUUGUACAGACCCGGACACCUCAACUUGUUAUUUAAUAAGAAGGAAUUUUUUCGUAGCGCCCUGCAAGGCUGUUACGUCUCUAUGGUGCUGUUUUUUAUAGCUUUAGGUACAUAUUAUGAUGCAGUUAGCCCCGAUGGACAAGGAUUGUCUGACUACAUGUUGUUCUGUAGUGUGGCUGCAGCCAUAUUGGUUAUAGUCAACACCGCGCAGAUUGCCUUAGAUACAAUGUAUUGGACCAUCUUCAACCACAUCAUGAUAUGGGGUUCGCUAGCUUUUUAUUUCGUAGCAGAUAACUUUUAUAAUUACCUGUGCCACGGACCGUACGUCGGUUCACUCAUCAAGGCCAUGUCCGAAGCAAAUUUUUGGUUCACUACUGUCAUGGUGGUGACGAUAUCUGUGAUGCCGGUGCUUGCCUGGCGUUUCUACUUCGUAGACGUGCAUCCGACGCUGACUGAUAGGGUGAGACUGAAACAAAGGAUUGCCCAGGUCAGAUCCAGGCAAAGCCAAGAUGUCCUUAGGACGCCGUCUGCACGGAGAGCCAGAAGGUCCAUUCGUUCGGGAUACGCGUUCGCCCACCAAGAAGGUUUCGGUCGCCUGAUCACUUCCGGUAAAAUAAUGCGAAAGCUGCCGAACCCCGAAUUCAACAUCCCGAGCAUCAUCAACAAGCUGAACAUGAAUCACGGGAGCAGCGGAAGCGGCGGCGGGGGCAGCAGCAGUGGCGGCGGAGGUGAAUCAAAUAAUAAAGGUGGUGGCGGAGGCGGGAAUAGCAGCGGAGGUGGCAGCCACCACCAUCACAACAGAAAAAGUAGCGAAGGAAGUGCACCACUCGCGCAACCUGAAAACACCCAGAGAGCCCCCAUUCAAGAUCUGGACACCAUCAACUUGUGAAAAAUGUGAAAAACAUACGGUGCCAGAUUUUCUUGACGACGGACAGCGCGGCAAUGAUAUACUUAAGCUUUAAGAGACAUGGGUUGCGACUGGGAGGUGUGUCAGGUUGACAGAUGUUUGGCGCGAAAUAAGCUGAUAUAUAAAACGGGGGCGUUCACCGUAGAAGAAAGUAGUAAAAGGCAUAUAUCAUUGAUGUCAUUUUGUUCAUAGUUACAGGGCUAUCCGAGUUUGGACCAGCUUGCUAUUUCUGGCAAGAUGUUGAUGUUGACUAGUUGAUUUGAAUUGAAGACAAAAUGACCACAUAACACCUGCUUUAUAAAAGAAAGUUAAAUGAGUGACUUUGAAGGUAUGCUUGGUAGGCAACCAAAUAAUCUUAUAUAGUUAGUACGGAGUACAACCACAAAGUGGCGCUGAUGCUGGAUUUUCCCGUCGUUCUUUUUGAUAGUCCAAUAUUUUUGACGUUAAUGUAUUCGUAAUUUAGAAUUGAAAUUUGAAUUUUAAUAAUAAUAUUUUUAAUAUUGAACGUUAAAAUGAAUUUAAAUUCACAAACUUAAUCUUUGAAACGGAGGCUUAUCGAAAGCGGGGAUUUAAAAAGUGCGUGGUGCCUGGUCGUACUGAUACAAUCGGUAAAAGGCAUACAUUUCCAAAAUUAGAUGUUUUAACAAAUGGAUCGAGCAAGUGCGAAAUCCAGUUUUGGACGAUAAAAGUCACGAACAAAUUUAUAAAAGACAUGUGUGACUUAAAUUUUUCGGAAAGUACUUUAAACGAUUUUUCUUGGUAACCAAGUAAUGGAAAAACCGAAUAACUGUAAAGUUUUCAUUUUGCCCUGCACAGGAGUCACGGGAAAUGGCAAGUUCUUUCGCUUCCAUAGGCAGGAUGUUAUAAAAAAAGUGAUACAGCAUAGAACAGACAUCGUCAGCUCCUUUCAUAGCAAUAAGUUUUUUUGGUAAUCCAUUGUGAUACUUUCGAUAGCGGGGAACUUCGAGGCACUUUUGCGGUAAGUUAUCCUUAGACUGUAAAAUCGCUCACUCCUUUUUGAUGUAAUGUCUUCUCAAGUAUUGUUUUUUCUCCAAAUUAUUACUUGCUGACUGCCUAGUUUGUUCCGUAGCAGUAAGUGAAGAUAUAUCAGCUUUUGAGGAAUCACACGUAUUACAAGUAUCUUUUCGUAGAUAACCGAACGGUAUAUUGAAGUUGUUUUCAAAGAUUUCUCGGAAGGAUUCAUAGGAAAUCUUGUUAUCAACAUUGCCAAUAGAUAAAUUUUGUGUAAUUUUGCGAUAUUUAGAUUUCACAUGGACCGAUGCCGUUUUUCCAUACACGCGCAGGGACUCAUGCCAUUCUUCCCCGGCACAGGAAAUCUUAUAGUUGUUUUGUGAACCUAAGCCCUUUUUACAAUUUAUGAAGCUGAUUACAAGAUAGCAUCAGGAAAAUGCCACCAAAAUAAACUGAAAGCUCAAUUUAGCCAUAGCCGUAUUUCCCUGGUACUCUUCCUAUACCGGGUGACUUUGAAGUUGAGUCAUUAAUUUUCAGAUAAUGAUUGUAGAAGGAAGAUAAACCAAAAUAUGUGUGUAAAAAUAAAAUAAAAAUGUUACCUUGUUUAAUAAAGUAUCCUCCCGACAAGUAUUUCAGUGCGGACCUGUAUUUGAUCGUGCGGUCUUGGAGCACCGGCAUGCUGUCACCUGUGAGGUCUUAAGGCACCUGAUUCACGAGCCCUUUGUACUACAUUAACAAAGGCACGAGGGGUUGGUUGCACUCGAUUGGGAAACCGAUUCGCAUAAAUCCGUGAUGCAUCCGGCAGCAUUUUGUAAAGACUGCCCCCCCGUAAAUAAGAAUCUUGUCCACAAGUUCAGCAUUUUCGUAAACAUGUGCCAUUUUUCAUUUCGUUUGAGUCACGCAACAAACAUCACUAUUCACCCACGCGUUACCGACUGACGAAAAACAACGUGAUAAACGUUUCAAAUUCUUUCGCUUUUUUGUUUCCAAUGCGAUGAACCGAUAUCCGUUGUUGCCAAACACAUAAUAUUAUUAUUGAGACAGGGCGGUACUCAAACUUCCAAAGGGCUAUAACUUUGUUACUUUAAUUUUACCAGAAAAAUGGUAAAGGAAAAAACAUUUCUUUUGAUCAGAUCUACUCACUGUUAAAAUAAAUGACUCAACUUCGAAGUCACCCUGUAUACUUGCACUAUGUAAUCAGUGAAUACUCAGGAUUAAAUGAUUCAAAUAUUUUGGUGUCCUGAAAACUUCCACAGUAUUUACGGUUUGCACAGUUUUUUGAAAAACUCGUCUAGCAUAGACAUAAUGAAAUUCAAUUAUUUUUUCGGAAAAUGUGUAGAGUAGUCCCGAAAAGUCAUGAAGGGAGUAGAGAAAUUGCUAAUUGUAAAUUUUUAUGUGUAGUAUUAAAAAAAAUUACACAUUUUAAAAAUAAAAUCAAGAUGACCUCAUUUUACUCAAUAUCUUGUAUAUAAUUUGAAUAUUUAAUUCGAAUAUAGCUCCACAGUGUAAGAGCGAAGUCCAAAGAUGGCGCUGGGUAUUCUAUUUUUUUAAAGGGUUCUAUAAUAAUUCGUAUAGGUUCUAUGAAAAGUUCGGAGUAUAUCCCAGGGAUGGCGCUACAAACUUGAGACAAACCUUUAGCAUUAAAGAUUCGCUUAUAAAGUAGGUGUUAUGUGAAAAUGACGACAAGGUCACAUGUCUACUGAUAUCUUGCCAAUAUGGCUCUUCAAGAGAAACUUUUCCCACACGAGAUAAUAAAAAAGCCACACGUGAUCAUUUAAAUGCAGACAUGGCACAAAUAACAGCUUACUCGCAAUCAUUCUUUGUAUAUUUGUGGCGAACGUCUUGUGGCCAGCCCGUAAACUGUUGAAUUUGAUCAGAACUGCUUUCAAAGCAUUACAGUAAAACUGUUUUUAGCUUGGGGUUGAAACAGAAUGCAUUAGAGAAAAAUGCCGAUUGUGGUGCAUAUAAGCAAUAGUAAUAACAUAUAAAUAACACGCAAAAAAGUUAAAGCAAAGUUGCAUGUAUUACUAUUUUGUACCAUCAGUAGAUUGAUCUACUUACUGCAUUCUGGCGAAAACUGGAGGUAUUUGAUAUGAUAGAUACGCGUUUCGCUUUUCAAACAGUUGGCGACGAUACUUAUAAAAUAAAGUUCAUCAAAAUGUAUCCUUUGACAUGUUUGGCGUUCAUUUCAUCUUUUCUUGUACAUCAUCCUAUUUUUGAUUCGCUUUUAGUGAGAUACUUUUUUUGUACUGAAACUUUGCUUUUUUAUGCAUUUUACACUAACUGUUAAGGUGUACUACUGAAGUAGCGUUUGUGAUAUGUUGGACGUUGCAAUGACAGAAAAGGUGGAAAUACUGAGCUUUUAAGUUUUUUGUUAUUACUAAGAUUAAAAAAGAAGAUUGUUGUAUUUCUUUGUUGACAUGAUAGAGAUAAGCGAAAAACGAGUUCAUAUUUCGUUAGUGUUAUUUUUUAGACUACUUGGAUCUCUAAAAAUUUUAUGCGGCUGUUCUUAAUAACAAUUAUUUUUGAUGACAUGUUUAUACAAAAUUGUAAAACUCAAAUCUGUCUAGCUUAAUAGGAAAAUAUUAUACUGCCAUUUAUCGUACACCACAAACACACUUAAUUAAAAUUUAUGUAAUUGUUAAGAAUUUGCCAUUAUAUAUUGUUUGUUGUCAUUAAGGUUGUGUCUCCUUCAAAAGGAAGUUAUAGAAAACACUUGUUAGCCUCUCAUUUGCAACCCCAAUUCGUGUACAAUAUGCACAUGUUAUCUCUACAUUAUGUUCAAAACUAUCGGCAUACAUGAAAAUAUAUCUGAACAUUAGCUGUAUUUGUCAUAGAUACAGAGGUCGUACAUGUUGAUAUAGUAAAAAUGAUAACAUUUAGAAGAUUGUUGAUUUUUUGGAUACAGUAAUUUCAACAAUGAUAUGCAACGCAAAAGUAUUGCAAAACUUAUCACUAUGGGUUCAAAUCUAUCAAUCUGAUGUUUUACGUGGUUAUUUUUAGUUUGAUACAGGUCAAACUUCAAAAUUCGUAUAAUAGUAAUUAAGUUGUGCUGAUGAAAUUUUCCAAUUGGCGCAAAGCCCAGAAAUGCUUUUAUAUUGGAGAUACAGGCUGUUAAAGUUUUGGUACCUUGUGGGUAGGCCUGCCUGCGCUAUUUUACGAAAAUUGACUCGUUUUUAAUGUUCUCGGGCAAUUUAAUGAUAAUAUAAAAAUCUCGUGAACUGUUACAAGAUAUACAGGGUGUCCCCAACAAAAAUGGAAAGCUGUUUAAAAGAAAGGCUCCAUAAAAUAUUCGAAAACGGCUUGCUCAAUAAUAUUAGCAUCUUAUAGGUGUGUAUCUGAACUAUUUGGAAAUAUACAGGGUGUUGCACAAUUUCGUGAUACAACAAUGUUUUUUUAAUAGAACACCCUAUAUUAUACACAGUGUUAAGUGUGUACCAUGAAUUCAAAGACAAACAUAUGAACAUAGGUCCGGAAAUUCUUUGUUCUCCAGAUAUAGGGUAUUAAAUUUAAAAAAAAAUCUUAAAUAUCCUUUACCUAUUUUUUUUGUAAUUUGGUGUUGGUAUUCAUACCAUUAGGGAACUAAUUUAGUCCUAAAUUGAUUAAAUUUAUUGAGUCCACUGGCGUCUCGGGCGGGAUCUGAACGAAUAUUUGUGACAAAAAAAUGUACGCCACUGACUUUUGUGCAAUUUUUAAUAUAUCCUUUGGAUUAAGUAAAUGAAAAUACAACUUUUUUGUCUCUUGAUUUAUUUUUGUAUCUUCCUUAGUUUUCGAGAAAAAAAAAGUCAACUUAAAUGCAUAUCCCUGGACCACACAAGGAAUAUGGAACAGUUUAUUUGAAAUUAUAUUUUUUUAUAAAUUUUUAAUUUCCAAAAGAAACUUUUCCCCAUAUUCCUUGUGUGGUCCAGGGAUAUGCAAUUAAGUGGACUUUUUUUCGAAAACGAAGCAAGAUACGAAAAAAGAGACAAUAAAGUUACAUUUCUAUUUGUUUAAUCCAAAGAAUCUAAUAACAAUUGCAUAAAAGAUCUGCCUGAACAAAUGCCUUUUGCCAUUUUGCGUAGUUUUUCAUUAAAUUUUGGAAAGAGGAUGAAAAAUUACGUCAACUUUGUCAACACAAAACGUUUUUCUCAAAUAUUGUAAAUGGUACAUCCUGUAUAUUUUUACACAUCAGAUUCCCGUUUUACAAGUUUCUGCUGAUAUCCGGUUUCAUACUGCUUUAUUAGAUUAUAUGGGGUUGUCCAAAAUGGACGCAGGAAAGUAAACGCAUAUUAAAACAAGAAAGAUUGAUAUUCAAAUCAAGUUGGGUACUUUAUUUUGAAGGUUCAUUUAUACCAGUUAUGUAUGAAAAAUAAUAUCGCUCAAAUGUUCACCACGACUGGAUUUACAGACGUCCACGCGAUGGUCGAAAUUUUCAAUAACAUUUUGCAACAUGGUCGGUUCUAUGGCAUUUAUCUCGACAAUGAUGUUUUUGAGUUCUUGGAGGGUGGCUGGUUUGUUGACUUAGACUUUGCUUUUCAAAUAUCCCCAUAAAAAGAAGUCCAAGGGAGUCAAAUCGCACGAUCUUGGUGGCCAUGGCACAUUUCCUCUGCGCGAAAUCACGCGAUCACCGAAGAAGGACUGCAAUCGAUGGAUAUUGACGGUUGUGUGGCAUGUUGCACCGUCUUGUUGGAAAUAAACAUCGUCCAUAUCCAUUCCUUCAAGUUGCGGCAAAAAAUAGUCCUCUAUCAUCACUUGAUAUCGCUCAGAAUUGACGGUAACGGCGUCCCCGGACGCAUUUUCGAAAAAGUAAGGUCCGAUGAUGCCUUUUGACCACAAUGCACACCACACAGUCACUUUUUGAGGAUGCAUCGGCUGCUCUUGAUACUCACGGGGAUUUUCGUUCGCCCAGAUGCGCCAGCUUUGCUUGUCUACCGUAUCAAUUUGGCGGUGUUCAAGGAGCCAAUCUGAGAACGUUCGGCGCGAAAAAUGGUCGGCCCGACGCAGCUCUUGCGUCAAUUGGAUCUUGUAGGAGUGUACAUUCAAAUCCUUGUGAAUGCGGAGAAAACUGGUUCUCGAAAUGCCCAAUUCUUGGGAUCGACGCGUUGUUGAUUGUUUCGGAUCGUCUCUCACACUCUCCUUCACAACAGCAAUAUUUUCCGGUGUGCGAACGCUCCUUGGCCGGCCCGAGCCUGGCAAAUUUGCCACAGAACCUGUUGCCUCGAAUUUACGCACCAGACGACCGAUGUUUGUUUCGUUUGGGCGGUUGUUGCGACCGAAAUGUUCACGAAGCGCGCGAAACGUGUUUUUUAUUUUUGCACCAUUUUUGUAGUGCUCUUGAAUAACUUUAAUGCGGUCUUCAAUCGAAUACAACUCCAUAGCGAUCAAUGGUAAACAUUCAACUAACAAAAUGACAUGUCGGUGACAGAAAACAAAGAUGGCGUCUAUGUCAAAUUGACGUUUACUUUCCUGCGUCCCUAUUGGACAACCCUAUAUAUAAAAAAAAUGGAUCAUUUUUUUGUACCACGAACCUGUACAACACCCUGCACAUAUCCUAAUAAUUUAGGAAUACACGUUUGGGCGGUUGUUGCGACCGAAAUGUUCACGAAGCGCGCGAAACGUGUUUUUUAUUUUUGCACCAUUUUUGUAGUGCUCUUGAAUAACUUUAAUGCGGUCUUCAAUCGAAUACAACUCCAUAGCGAUCAAUGGUAAACAUUCAACUAACAAAAUGACAUGUCGGUGACAGAAAACAAAGAUGGCGUCUAUGUCAAAUUGACGUUUACUUUCCUGCGUCCCUAUUGGACAACCCUAUAUAUAAAAAAAAUGGAUCAUUUUUUUGUACCACGAACCUGUACAACACCCUGCACAUAUCCUAAUAAUUUAGGAAUACACACUUAUAAUUUAUCAAUCUCGCUACGCAAAUCGUUUUCGAAUAUUUUUUAUAGUUUUUCUAUCAAUGAAAUUUCCAUUUCCGCUGGGACACUUUUAUUUUAUGUGUUCUGGUGAUUUUUAUUAUACUAUUACAAUGAAGAUGUGUUGAUUUUCGUAGAAUGCUGCAGGCAAGCUUAUCAGCAGCAGCUAACGCACAAACUUCAACACCUUGUAUUUCCAACAGAAAGCAUUUCAGGGCCUUGCGCCUUUUGGAACAUUUGAUCAUCGCAACAUAAACUGUCAGUAUAUGAAUUUUCAUUGAAAUUGACCGAUGGUCAAAUUUCGUAGGUUUUGUGCCUGGUACUUUAUGGCUUGGCCUCUAUCUAUAUAGUUUUUAGAUUUAAAAGAGUUUUUAUGUCAUUCUGUGAAAACUGCUUCUAAACGCAUAGGAGUUUUCGUCAAAACGACGAUGAUAUGAAGAGGAAAAAUAUAUUAAACAUUAGCACCAAGCCAAAUAUAUUUCAUCUGUCUAUACAUUGCAUUGUGUAUUGUGUCAUACAUUCGAAUAAUUACACUUGUAUAUGCAGAUAGUUUUGUUCUGACGUGUACAUCUCUGGUAGUUGUAAAAGCAUUUUUUGUAAAGAAGAUAUUGUUAAUAUUUUACAAUAAAAAUGGAAAACCUUCAUAUUCCUUUAAGUAUUUGCUAAUGUGAUUUUUUUCACUCAUAUUGUACAGUAUAAAAUUGUUUUAUGUUAUAGACUUAAAUAAGCUUCUACUAGUCAACAAAGUACGUUUAAUGUUACAAAAAGUAUUUCCU